UUUGCCAAGUUGUCAAAAAAUGUCAGCCAACAAGGAAAAUAACCUUGUUCAGGCAUAUAUCGAAUUAAAUAAAUUUUGCCAAAGCGGUGACUAUGAAAGAGCGUUAAAAGCAACUGGCAAAGUUCUGCAAAUCGCACCCAAUGAGCAAAAGGCGUUCCACUGCAAAGUGGUCUGCUUCAUCCAACUGCACAACUUCAAGGAAGCACUUGCCAUCUUGUGUAACCCUAAAAAUGCAGCGCUGGCGGCAGACUUGCAUUUCGAAAAGGCGUACACCCAGUACCGUCUUAACUGUCCUAAUGAUGCAUUGCAAACAGUUGACAAUGCACCCGAAAUGACCCCAGCUUUAAAAGAACUAAGGGCUCAAAUUUUAUACCGUCUAGAGCAGUAUCAAGACUGCUACAAUCUGUACCGAGAAAUUGUGAAGAACACAACAGAUGAAUAUGAAGACGAGAGACAGGCCAACAUGGCCUCUGUUGUCGCCAACCUAGCAGCAUUGAAUCCAUCUGCAGACCUCCCUCAAUUUGAAGAGAGCACGUACGAACUCUCCUACAACGUUGGCAGUACGCUGGCCAUGCGUGGGAAGUACAAUGAGGCGUUACCAGUGUUGAAGAGAGCUGAGCAAGCGUGUUCCGAGAGUGUGAUCGAUGAUGGUGGCACCGAGGAGGAAGCUAAAGAAGAGGCUGCUAUUAUUCGAGUUCAACAAGCGUAUUGCUUACAACAAAUGGGCAAGGAGAAGGAAGCGGCCUCCAUUUACCAGAACGUUUUGAAGGACAAGCCCUCCGAUCAGGCUUUAGUUGCUAUUGCAAGCAAUAAUCUUGUAGUCAUCAAUAGGGACACCAACGUAUUUGACUCCCGCAAACGCAUGAAGGCGGCCACUCAGGACGGACUCGAGCACAAACUGAACUCGCGCCAGCGCGCCGCCAUCGCUUACAACCAGGCCAUCCUCGCUAUAUACUCCAACCAACCGGAUUUCUGCAAACAAUGCUGCGUGAAACUCGUGAGGGAAUUCGGCCAAGAGCGAAGAGCCGCUUUAGUGGAGGCGUCAUCUUUGGCCAAGGAGGGAAAGAGACAGCAAGCCGUCGCAUUGUUGCUCAAACAUGGCGACACGUUAAUUUUCGCAGCAGUUCAAGUUUUGUUGGCACAGGGUGACAGAAAAGCCGCAGUGAAAUUACUAGAAGAGAGUGAAUAUAAAUAUCGUGCUGGCGUUAUCGGAGUACUUUGUACUUUGCUCUGUGCUGACGGUGAAACGGAACGUGCAUCCAAUAUGAUGAAAGAUGUCUACAAUUAUUAUAAGGAUGAUAAGCGUUUCGCGUCUCUCCGCGACGUGUGGCGAGCGGCCGCCGAAAUCCAUCGGCGCGCCGGAGAUCCCUCCGCCACCGCCGCCGCGCACGAAGCCCUGGCUAGAGCAGCGCCAGACGACACCAGGAGCCUGGCCAGGCUGGUGAAGGCGUUGGCCAACGUGGACCCCGCCAAGGCCAAACAGCUGGCCAAGAAACUGCCCAGAUUGGAUCAGCUGGAAACCAAAAUAGACAUCGACGCUCUGGAAUCGUCCAAGUGGAUGAUGGGAGCCAAAGUGGUGAAGAAGACUGUCAGCAAGCAGGAACAAUCGCCUGGAACACCCGGGUCGGAACUUGGUCAAACCAAGAAAGCGAAGCGCAAACGGAAGACGAAAUUACCUCCCAAUGCCGACUUAUCCAGACCUCCGGAUCCAGAAAGGUGGUUGCCGAAAUACGAACGCACAGCGUACCGCAAGCGACGCGGCGUGCGGCGUGACGUCAUCAAGGGCAGCCAGGGCAUGACUUCCACGGCCACUGACCAAUAUGACAUGAGCAAGCAGCCAUUGGCUAGUACUACAGCGGCCGCGGCCAAGAGUCCUCGCGUACAAGAGACGAAGGACAGCGCGUGGCAACGCAAACAACAGCAGAAAAAGAAGGGGAAGGGCCGCAAGUGGUAGGCAGUAGACGGGUUUAAGAAUAAAAGUUUUAUAAUCUAUUA